CCCACGCACCACGGCACCCACAUCUUCCCAGGUUUCGAUUUUACCUUUCCUCUGCUCUUCCCUUCCCACAUUCAUUUCUUCUUUGCACAGAUAUGAGGUUGAAGAUAAAGCCAGUGCAGCCAAGUCCAAGUCCUGAAGUCCAAUAUCAAGAAAACCACCAGGUUACUGCUGAUCAAGAAGUCCUGAAAACAGAGGCUGUGGAGGAAGAAGGACAGGCCUGCGGAUGGCUUAUCCCUGAUGGAAACAAUCCCAUGAUUUCCAACUCUGAAAAUAACAAAAAUAACCCGCCUGAAUUAUCUCCAACCACUACUCCUGUUCCCCAGUACCUGGGGAAAAGGAAGAGGAAACCCAAGGAGUUGAUAGAUGAGAUAUCACCUAUUAUCGUAAGAAGGAAGAAGAAGCAGCCUUCUGUUUCCAAAUCUGAACAAGCAAUAACUGAUGGUGGAGGAAAACAUGUGAGUAAACAGGAGAAGUCUGCAGAUGCUGGGUCUAGGAACCCUGUCCAAGUGAAGCCAGCUACCAUGAUUCGAGCAGAGGAGGUUCAAUCAAGUUUAGGGAAUGAGUAUCCUAGCUUUGUAAAAUUGUUGGUUAGAUCGCAUGUUGGUAGUUGUUUUUGGAUGGGCCUUCCUGUGCCAUUUUGUAAGACGCAUCUACCAAGAAAGGACACUGCAGUGGUUCUUGAAGAUGAAAGUGGGGAACAGUUUGAGAUUAAGUACAUUUCAGAAAAGACAGGACUAAGUGCUGGAUGGAGAAAGUUUGUUGCUGCACACAAGUUGGUGGAGGGAGAUGUCUUAAUCUUCCAAUUAAUUGGGCCUACGACAUUCAAGGUCCUUGUAAUAAGGGCUAAUGAUCUGACUGAGGUUGAUGGUGCUCUUAGCCUUUUAAAUCUGGAUACACUUGCAAAACAAAGUGAUGCAAUUGUGGAGGGAAAUGUAGAUCUUCAAAACAAGAAAAAAAAGCGUCCAAAAUCUCUUCCUUUGACUGUGGUGCAAAAGAAGAAACAGAAAGCUGGCCUGUCAAGAUCAAUACUCCCGCAUUUGGGACACCUGGAGGAACAAUCUGGAAAUGAUAGUGAUGAGGUGGCUUCAGAAGUUUUGGAGGGUUCCAAAUUUUCAGCUGAUGCUGUUCGUUUUAGGGACAUUAAAGGCUUUGAGGAGUUCCGCAUCAUGGUGAAUGGGGUAUGCAUAGAUUCUGAGCUUCCUGAACAUGUACGACGAAAGUAUUAUGAGCUCUGCUGCAGCAAGAAUGUUUUUCUUCAUGAACGUUUUCUCCCAGGGCUUCAUUGUAAGUUGGCUGCUGGAAUGAUAUUUGAAGCUGUCAAUACCGCAGAAGCCAUAAGAGCUUGCAAAGUGACCACCUCCCGAAAAGAAUUUGAGAAAUGGGAAAAGUCUUUGAGGUCCUUUGAACUUUUGGGCAUGAAUGUUGGAUUUUUAAGAGCACGUAUGCGCAGGCUGCUGAGUAUGGCUUUCGAAGGUGAAGGGGCCUCAGAGGCAAAGAGGUACUGGGAGGCUAAAAAUGCACGAGCUUGCACUGAAGAUGAGAUCAGAAAUCUUGAAGCCAAGCUUGUAGAAUUGAAGGCAACUUCUGAAAAAUACGAUGCUGAAAUAGAGGCACUAAAGUCGAAGGCCGAGAGCUAUGAGAUACUGUUCCAGGAAGAGGUUAAUGCUCCAUGGUAAUCAUAUUGAUAGCUUGGUUAUCUUGUGCAUUUACCAUGUGUUAUAUGCGGCAUGGAGAAAGGAAGAAGAGCAUAAUAUUAUAAAGAUGUGAAUUUGCAAUAUAAAUCCUACGUAGAAGUACUGAGAGUAGUUCAUCAGCUCUUUAGAUCUAGUGAAUCUUUUGAUGAAGAUGUUUGUAAUACAUGGGUUGUUACUUUGUUAGACCGUGCAUGGUAGGGACAAUCAAUCAUAUUACAGCCACA